UUUGUCAUGUAAACGUAUAAAACGCAUAGGAAGGUUUUCGCAUAAUCAUUAUUUUUCGCUGACGCAUUUCAAAAUGUCAUUUAAUACUUUAUCAAUCUGUGUUGCCGCUUGCUUAUUGCAGAAUGCCAUUUGCCAAACUGCUUUCUCGCUAAACAACUGCGGGUGCCAGCAACAACCUCAGGCCCUCAACCUUGGUAACUUAGGCCUCGCGAUCGGCAACCCCGGCCUCUCGAUUGGUAACCCUGGCCUCUCGUCUUGCAACUCUGGGGGCCUCUCGCUUGGCAACGCUGGCAAUGGGAUCAACCUUGGAGGCCUCUCGCUUGGCAACGCUGGCAAUGGGAUCAACCUUGGAGGCCUCAGUUGCAAUUCUCCAAAUUUGGUGCUUGGCAAUAUGGGCGUUAACAAAUGCAAUAAUGUAGUUCAGAGCACCAGCGAGCAAUGUGGGUACGGCGAUGUUGCCAUAGUUGGAGAGGUGCCAGUCCAGGGGCCGACGGCCGUGUGUGGCAACGUGCCAGUUAUUGGCUACGUAGUGUUCGAGGGGGACGUGCCAGCCGGUGGCCUGGUGUCCGUUGUGGAUCCCUGUGGUUGCCAAUGCAAUCAGUAAUGAACAAAUAAAUGUCAUUAUGGAUAAUGUGUACUAUUUGUGUGUGUCUUUGGCAAAUGUCACGUUGUACAUCUUGUAUUGUUAUGUUUUAAAUAAACGAUAUGUUAUAGUA